AUGAGGCCUUCCCUUUUGUUUGUUUCACUUUUAUACUUAAAUACAGCUUCUGCUUUCCGCGCUAGUUCAAAUCAGAGCAAAAAUCACAACACACAUUCUCCCUGUGGCAUCAACAGGAACAAGCCCGUCAACCUCUUCGAUUCCUGCGACAAAUCGAUUGCCAAAUGCCCCGUUUACAACUCCUUAGCCUCUAAGGUCUCGAUUCUUAACAAGAAGGUCAAGGACUUGGUUCCUGGCGGCUGGUACACCGCAGUCACUGUGCCUCUCGCAACCUUCGCCGCUUACAAGUGGUUCACCGGUCGCAAGUCCAAUGGCCACGUCAACGCCAACCUACACAGGUACCAGUGCACUGGUUGUGGCUUCGUAAUUUUCCCAGCGAAGAACCGGGAGGAGAAGUUUUUUUCCGAGAGUUUCACUUGCCCCAACUGCGGGGCUCCGAGGUCCAGGUUCACUGAGAAACACUAG